GCUUGUCUCCAGUAUGAAGCUUAAUCCUCAGUCAGUCUGUCAGCUCGCCUUCCUGAGCCUCUGUUGUCUGCUGAUCACAGUGAGAGAGUCAGACAGCACGUUUGUCCCGGGAAGAUGUUCCUGUCCGCAGACGCAACGAGGUGUCAGAGGACAACUAAAAGAGCUCAAAGUCUACCCAAAAAGCCCCAACUGUGACAAAGUUACAGUAAUAGUGACACUAAAGAAUUACCAUCAAGUGUGUCUGAAUCCAGAGGCACCGAUGGGCAAACAGCUGAUCCACUGCUGGAAUAGAGCUCAUAAGAUAGGUCGUGAAGUGAAGCUGUGCCUGAAGAGGAGGAGGAGGGGAGGGAAAGGAGGUCAGCGCCAGCGCUCUCGACAGAGGAGCCGGGGCCACAACAGGAAAUCCUCAUCCUCUAACUCCAAAUAGUCAACCAGCCUGACAAAUGAUACAAAGCUACUAUAUGGAGAGAAAAGUCUACAUGCUGAUUCUUGCCACCAGAGGCUGUUGAGAAAAACAGCAUGUAUACCACGCUUCUUUCUAUAAACAUUGCACAGUUCCAAUAUCAGGCUCCUAUAAAUUGUUGUCAGAGCUGUAAAUUAAACUCUUUGUUGGCCAGUA